GCGCAAACAACAUUUCGGUGUUAAGACUCUCGACUUCCCCACAUUAAUGAUUCACACCGACUCUCCAUUUAUAUUCAGACACAGAGACAAGGGAAAUGAGAAAUUCUCUGUAAUAAUUUGAAAAACAUCUCAUUUUCUCUUAUACUGAAUCACUGUCACUUAGAGAUUUGCACGAAAAUUAGUCAACUUUCUCAUUCUCAAGUAUGGAUACUCGCGAUCCGAGGAGGACACUGAGGGGUCAUGCUAAGGAGGCUAGGAGAAGGAAAAGUGUCUUACAAAUUGAUCUUAAUGAUACACCUCCCGCUGAAAUUAGGGCAGCUGCUGCUUUGGUUGAGUGUAGCCAACAAGGAGGAGGUGGAGGAGGAGGAGGAGGAGGAGGAAGAGAACGGAUUCCGCUGCAACCACCACCUUUGACAAUUGAUCUUGAAGCUAUUGAUGAUGAAGUUGUCAUUUCAUCUCCAAGGAGCUUUGCUGAAGCGAAAAGAAACAAGGCAUUUAGGAACCUGGAAAUUUUAAUUACUGCCGAGAGACCAGCACCUCCACCCCCACCCCGUGAAAGUCGAAUAGACGGAACUGGGUCGACUCUGAAUAGCAGCUACAACAUGCGCAAAAGACCUGCAGCAAGCAAUGCAGUUAUUAAUUGUGAUCAUUACAUAAACCUGGAUGGAAGAAGCAGUUCCAAGAAAAAGUGUGCUGUGAAGCCUGCGGUAACACCCCAGGCUGCGCCACCAAAACCACCGGCAAAGGAGCCUGCAUUCAGUUGUCCAGUUUGCAUGAGUUCACUUGUGGAGGCGACAUCAACAAAGUGUGGCCACAUUUUCUGCAAACAGUGCAUCAAGUCCGCCUUAUCAGCUCAGAAUAAGUGUCCAACAUGCAGAAAAAAGCUCACGAUGAAAGAUACUAUCAGGGUCUACCUUCCUGCCACUGAAAUGAGCUGAGUCUAGUCAUGCAUACUAUUUUUUAGGUGGCUUCAACCGUUUGAUGGGCGGCGAUGUAUCUGAUUGUGGAUGGAACAGCAUUCCUGAAACAGGGCGAGGAUAAGGUAAUCUGUAGUGUGGCAUAUUUAUGUAUUAGAUGAGUUUGUAUCCUAAUAUAGACAGUUGAUCUUUUAGUCAGUGCAGUGUUUUCUUUGUUGCAAGUUGUAACCUUUAGUUGAUUAAAAUCCUAACUCUCCUAGGAUAGUAAAGGGUCAGUUUUUCUCUUCUUUCUUUGAUUGUUUUUCUAUGUUGGUACAUGUAAGAGUAGUUGUAAUGACAAUUCUAUUAAUAUUAAUGCAACAUCAUAACAAUUGAUGGCAUAUAAUUUGGU